GUUAUAUAUACCCUACACCAGAAUCACUCCACAUCCAACACAACUUUGAAUUUCAGCCAUUUCAGUCUUCAAAACGAUAAUCCAGAGAUUUUGCUGUGAGAGAAUCAGAGAAGCAAUCAAGAUGAGUACCGAAAUGUGGACAAGUUUUGGUUCUUUGCUUGCUAGCUUGAUGUUUAUACUUGCAAUGAUCAACCAACAUUUUUCCGGGAACCUUCUCGGCUAUUUUCUGCAGCGCCUCAUCCACAAAUUCUUGUCUUAUUUGAACCCGUAUAUCGAGAUCACCUUCCAUGAGUAUUCCCGGGACAGCUUCGAUCGAAGCUCGGCCUACGUCUCGAUUGAGCGUUAUCUGGCUGUCAAGUCUUCGGCCACAGCCACGAGACUCAAGGCCAACUCGGUCCGGGACAGCGAACGCCUCGUGUUAAGCAUGGACGACUACGAAGAGAUCGUGGACGAAUAUCAAGGGAUCAAAGUGUGGUGGACUUCGGGCAUGACUGCGGACAAGGGACGAUCCAUUUCUUUUUAUCCUCGCGAGAAUGAGAAGCGUCAUUUCGUCCUCAGUUUUCGCAAGAAGCACCGCGAAGUCAUCGUGGAGUCUUACUUGAAGCAUGUGAUGGAUGAGGGGAAGGCCAUUGCUGUCAGGAACCGGACUCGAAAGCUGUUCACGAACAACAAGGAGGAGGGCUAUGCGGGAUCUGUGUGGACUCAUGUCGCGUUUGUGCAUCCAGCUACAUUCGAGACGCUUGCAUUGGAGCCGGGAUUGAAGGAGGAGAUCGUGAAUGAUCUGCUUACUUUCAGCCAGGCCAAAGAUUUUUACGGAAAUGUAGGCAGGGCUUGGAAGCGGGGAUAUCUUCUGCACGGACCUCCUGGAACUGGAAAAUCAACCAUGGUUGCUGCAAUGGCUAAUUUGCUGGAGUAUGACGUGUAUGAUCUCGAAUUGACAUCAGUCGAGAACAACACGGAAUUGAGAAAGUUACUAAUAAAUACAACCGGCAAAUCCAUAAUUGUGAUCGAGGACAUUGACUGUUCUCUCGAUCUCACAGGGCAGAGGAACGAGGAGAAGAAAGAGGCCGAGAGCAGCAAUGCGAGGGACAGGUUCAAGAAGGCUGAAGGAAAGGAUAAAAAGACGAGCAAAGUCACUUUAUCCGGGCUCCUCAAUUUCAUUGAUGGCCUUUGGUCAGCUUGUGGUAGUGAAAGGAUCUUUGUUUUCACUACUAAUUAUAUUGAGAAGCUGGAUCCCGCGUUGAUCCGAACAGGGCGAAUGGACAAGCACAUCCUGAUGUCGUAUUGUUCGUUCGAGGUAUUCAAGGUGCUUGCUAAUAAGUAUCUGAAUAUCAGAUUUCAUGAACUGUUUGUGAGGAUCCAAGAGCUGCUGGGAGAAGUUGCCGUGACCCCUGCUCAAGUUGUGGAGUAUCUGAUCCCCAAAUCCCCCGAAGAUGAUGGUGAGCGGUGCUUAUAUGGUUUGGUUUGUGCUCUUGAGAAUGCAAAAGUAGCUUUAAGAGAACAUUUAGCUGCUCAGGAAGCUCCGCAAGAGCAUGGGGGAGGAUUGAAUUUUUGCUUGGGUCCUGUUUGAGUUGAGAUUUGGAUAGAAUGUUUUCAGAUUCUGAGUU